AUGGGUGCAUGCUCAAUCAAAAAGGGAACUUUAAAAAGUAUAAACCUUCAAAAUAACUUGUCUUCUGAAGAAUUAGCAUCACCAACAUUAAUUUUUUCAAAAAGAAAUGAUCAUACAUUAGACUUUAAUUAUGUUGAUGAAGUUAUCUAACAAUUCAAUGUAAUCAAUGAAAGUUAUUUAAAAUAUUACAACCAUAUUAGUAAUUUAGAUAAAGUCAACCAGAAUUCAAAUUCAAUUAUUGUAUAGCAUAUUUUGACCAGAUAAAUAUUUAUCGCUGAAAUUUUAGAUAAUAAUGAAAAAACUAAUAAUUGUAUUUCAUUAUUUUCUAACUUAUUUCAUCAAAAUUUAUAAGACUCAAUUGAAAUAUAUUAUAAUUGUUAACAAUACACAAUAAUUCUUAAUUAUUGUAAUGGUGGAAGUUUACAAUCAUUUUUAUAAAAUUAAUCAAAACAAAUUUCAAUAUAUCUAGUAUAGAAAUUAUUAGGAUAGAUUUUUAAUGUUAUUCAUUAUUUACAUUCAAAAUCUAUUGUGCAUGGCAAUUUAACUUUAAAAAGUUUUGAGAUUGUAGACUAAUCAUAAACAAUCUAAUUAAAAUUAGUUGAUUUUUUUUAAACUAUUAUUUCUGAUAAAAAAUCUUCCUAAAAACUUAAAUAUUCAAGUCCUUAAUUGGUAAAAGCACAUCUUGAAAAUCAAUUAAUUGAGCCAACCUUUUAAGAUGAUGUUUGGUCAUUAGGUAUUAUCGUUGUCCGAAUAGUGUUUAACAAUCAUUUUUUUACUGGAAAUUCAUUUAAGGAUUUUUUAGAAAAUAUAGUGUAAGGAAAAAGAAAUAAAUUAACUUUUGUUUAAGAUAAAUAUUAUCAUGAAAUCUAGAUCUUAUUAAACUAAAUGUUACAGAUUGAUCCUCAAAAGAGAAUAAAUAUAGAUUAAAUUUUAGAGUCUUUCUUAAUUAAAUCAUUUAAUAAAAUUUAUAAACAAAGAGUAAUGAGCCCUUUACUUUAACCACUUCAACAGAUUCUUUUCUAUAUGAUGGCAGAGAUGUAUGCUGACCAUUCUCUUGGAUAUCUCUUAUAAUUGAAAAAUGUAAAAAAAAUUACCAGAUUUUAAUUAGCAAUAUUAAUUAAGAAAAAAUUUAAGCAUAUCUAUAAUUAGUCAUAAUCUUUAUUUGCUGUCAAUAAAAUUUUUUAAGAAUAAUCUGAUUUGUAAUAUUUAGAGUUAAUUAUAAGAUUUACAGAUAAGAAAUCUUUAAUAACGAAAAAAAAUCUAUUGAAAGCCUUCUAUAACUUUUCUAAUUAAUAACACUUUAUUACAAUCAAUGAUGUGCUUCCAUUUUUCUAAGAAAAAGAAAUCCAACUCAGGUAAGCAUUUUUAAAAUUAUCUCAAGAAAAAAUAGAUUUUCCUUUAUUUUCUUUGCUGAUGUUUGAUUAUUUAUAAUCAUCAUAUUGA